AUGGCGAGUGCCGCAGUCGCAACUCAACCGUCACAACAACACCUUGGGGCUGGCCCAACUUCUCGUACGUCGUCGCCUAUGGACAAUAAGAAAGCCACAGCGAAACAAGAAGCAUCCAAGGCAUCCCCGUCGCAGGCUAAAUCCUCGCUUCCAGAACCACAAUCCACCUCGCUGGCCGAAGAACAAAAGCCCGUCGUUCAAGCAUCAGAACCCCUUGCGCCGCCGCCGCGACCCGCGCCCACCACUCAAGCAGAGACGCCCGACUACUUCUCGGCCCUUCACAACAACGGGAGCAGCAUCGUUCAAGAAUUCAAUCCUUUCGAACAAUCAUUUGGAGCACCCUCGACAGAGACGCCCGGCAAGAAUCUGCUGCCUCCAGUCGCGGCCCUCACCUCUCCUGCCAUCCCUGGCACCAGUUCAACCGGAGGAUACAACUGGCAAAGCUCUCUUCGGUCGGGGCCGCUGAGCCCUGCAAUGUUGGCUGGACCACAGCAAGGUGACUACUUUGACAGUAUCGGUCGUGGCUUCCCAACGCCAAACGAGUCAUCCCUUCGGACUGGCCUGACUCCGGGCGGUGGCGGGUCUAUGUUCCCGGUCCCCAGCCCAAACUCACAAGCGCUCUUUAACUCUUUGCAAAGUGGCGGGGCCACUCCUGGUACCCUUGACUUUCAUCGCACAGCCAUCAACGCUGCUGCACGGAACAAGAACAACCAGUUUGCCAACACUUCCAACCCACAAGAUACAGCCACCAGCACUAUGGACUCUGUGCACGACGCCACCGAUGCUGCCAAUGGCCUGUUUAUGCUCGCGAAAGGAGGCCAAGCUAAUAAUCAAUUCGCGGUACCAAACCCGACAUCCGUUCCAACUGCCCCAGACCAGAAACGGAACAGCAGUGACACGGGUGAGAGCGUUGAGAGCCCCCAGGAAUCUAAGCCUACCACCCGUGGUGGCCGCGGUAAGAAGGCCGUGAAAGCAGAAGCGGCCGGCAAUCGAAGGAAAUCUGAAGCAAGUGCUAAGGGAAGCAAUAAACGUGCCAAGGGCAAUUCUGGGGCCGCCAACGUCGAUCCUGCCCUUGACCCUCACGAGGAGGAAGACGACGAAGAUGAUGACAACAGUGAUGAUGGUGAAGAACACGGCAAAGCCACGACAACGACCAGUAACGGUAGCAGCAAAAAGAUGACCGAUGAAGAGAAGCGGAGGAAUUUCCUUGAGCGCAAUCGUGUUGCUGCCCUCAAAUGUCGCCAGAGAAAGAAACAAUGGCUGGCUAAUCUCCAAGCCAAGGUGGAAAUGUACUCUGCCGAAAAUGACAGCCUCAACACCCAAGUUGCUCAGCUCCAUGACGAAAUUCGAAAUCUACGUACCCUUCUGAUGGGCCAUAAAGAUUGUCCCGUCGGGCACGCCCAGGGUAUUGGGCAAUUUUUGAGUGGUAUGCAAGACCCUAACGCAUUCGGCAACCAACAUGUCAACCCCUACGGGAUGGGCUUGCCAAAUGGCGCACCUCUACAACCUGGCAUGCAGCGAACGUGA